CAACUCUUUUCUUGACCUUUAAAAUUCCAAUUCAAACUUAAUUGGAAGCUACAAUACGUAAUUAAAACCCUGAAAAUUCUAAGCAAGUUUAUCUUUUCUGUUUUUAUAUAUGAAAAAAGUGGAAGCUGACAUGUCAAUGAGCAUGCAGGGAACUAGUCAGAAGUUGCUGAUUCGGAAUUAAAAUUGUUUUUUUAAAUCACUAUGCUCAAUGUGAAACUAUAAAAACGUGUCGAAGUCUCAUCAUUCUUGUUUUAGAACAAGAACAAACACAGUCAGUAUUGAAGGCUUCUGUUCUAUUUUUCAGGGAAAGAAUUUGAAGGGAAUUUAUCAGAUGGCUUUGUGCAAGCAAGGAAUGAAAAAUCAACUUAGCCUUCUGCUCCUCCUCCUCCUCCUCUGCCUUCUCAAUCUUGCUUUUUUGAUCAGUUAUGCAGAAGGAAAAAGAAUAUCUCAGUCUUUUACUACAUUUAAUAGGAGCAAUUUUCCAACUGGUUUUGUGUUUGGAGCAGGAUCAAGUGCUUAUCAAUAUGAAGGAGCAGCAGCAAUGGGUGGCAGGAAACCAAGUAUAUGGGAUACUUUCACUAGACAACAUCCAGAAAAAAUUGCAGACCACAGCAGUGGAAAUGUAGCUGAAGAUUUUUACCAUCGUUUUGAGGAAGACAUUCCUCUGAUGAAAGAAAUUGGUUUAGACUCCUAUAGAUUCUCCAUUUCCUGGCCAAGAAUACUACCUGGGGGAAAAAUUAGUAGGGGAGUGAACUGGGAAGGAGUCAACUUCUACAAUUAUCUCAUCGACGAGCUUCUUUCGAAUGGUAUACAGCCACUUGUGACCUUAUUCCACUGGGAUGUUCCACAAGUUCUUGAAGAUGAAUAUAUGGGACUAUUAAGCCCUAAUAUUGUGAAUGAUUAUUAUGACUAUGUAGACUUUUGCUUCAACCAAUUUGGUGACAGAGUGAAAAAUUGGGUUACUGUGAAUGAGCCUAAUUUAAUGGCAAUGUAUGGAUAUGCAAAAGGUGAUAAUGCACCCGGUCGAUGUUCGGAUUAUAUCGGAAAUUGCAGUUCCGGCAACUCGGCAACAGAACCAUACAUUGUACUCCACCACUUACUUCUUUGCCAUGCAUCUGCUGUUAAAUUAUACAGAGAAAAGUAUCAGGCCUCUCAAAGGGGAAUUAUUGGGAUUUCAGUAUUUACAAAAUGGACAGUACCAAAAUAUCAGAAUAUUGCCAGCGGAAAAGCUGCAGAUCGAGCUCGCGAUUUUUUAUAUGGAUGGAUUAUGCAUCCAAUUAUUUAUGGUGACUAUCCAGAAAGCAUGAGAUAUUUGGUGGGUAAUAGACUACCAAAAUUCACAAGAAAGCAAGCAGAAAUGGUUAAAGGAUCCUUUGAUUUCAUCGGAAUAAAUUAUUAUACCGCAAUGUAUGCAGAUGAUGUUACAUCUUAUAGUAAUGUCAAUCUGAGUUAUACGACAGAUAGCCGAGUUAAUCUAACAAGUGAGAAAAAUGGGAUUCCUAUUGGUCAAUCAACUGGUUGCAGCUGGCUAUACAUAUACCCAAAAGGAAUUUAUGAACUUAUGUUGUAUUUAAAGAGGAAAUACAACAAUCCAAUCAUUUACAUUACCGAGAAUGGAAUGGGUGACACUGGCUCAUUGCCUCUUACCGAUGCUCUUGAAGACCAAUUAAGGAUAAAAUAUCACUAUCUUCAUCUCUUAUAUCUCUUAAAAGCUAUCAAGGAAGGUGUUGAUGUGAGAGGAUACUAUAUUUGGUCAUUUCUCGACGACUUUGAAUGGGAUUUGGGUUAUACUGUUCGAUUUGGAAUCACUUACGUUGAUUAUAAAAAUGAAUUAAGAAGAUAUCUCAAACAUUCUGCUUUGUGGUUCAAAAGACUUCUCCAAAAUGAGAACAGAACAUCAACAUCUUCUUUCUUGUACUCUCAAUGAUUAUACUGAAAUUAUAUUAAUUGUAAAGUUUUAUAAAUUUCAUUUGUAAAUUCAUUCAAAAUUGUAAUAGAAAAGAGAAGAUUAAUU